CUGAACAAAUGUUUUCUGACAGAGAGAUGUUGUGAAGUGUUGGCCUCAACUCUCAGCUCAAUCUCUUCUCACCUGAGAGAGCUGGACCUGAGUCACAAUGACCUGCAGGAUUCAGGAGUGAGGCUACUCUCUACUGGACUGGGAUCAAAACUGUGAACUAGAGAAACUGAGGUCAAUACUUAGAAACAUACCUGCUCAAUAAAAAAUGUGUGUCAAAGCACAUCAUCAUUACAGUAGCCAGUAAGUUGGCUCAAUGUACACGUAUAAGGUAAAUACUGUGUAAAUACUAUAAUAAAUGUAAUUACAUUUCAGUCUCACAUUGCUGUGAAGUUUAACCCUUGUGGGAUAACUGCAGGAUAUUAGUGCUGCAAUUUGACUGUACAUUUGAGAUGAUUAACAAAAUUUAUCAACUAAUUCAAUUGGGCGGCAGGUAGCUUAGUGGUUAAGAGCGUUGUGCCAGUAACUGAAAGGUUGCUGGUUCUAAUCCCAGAGCCAACUAGGUGAAAAAUCGGUCAAUGUGCCCUUGAGCAAGGCACUUAACCCUAAUUGCUCCUGUAAGUCGCUCUGGAUAAGAGUGUCUGCUAAAUGACUUAAAUGUAAUUGUUAAAGAGACUAAUACAAUUAUUCAAUUAAUACUAAAUGACAGUGCAAAUUGUAUCUGUCUUGUCUUAACCUGAAAACCUGAUUUGAUUAAAUAAGAUCCUUAAUUGAUAUGUGUUGCUUACAUUAGUACAGCAGUGGAACACUGCAUUGCAAUACAUGAUCUUUGAAUGAGAAACGUUUAUUUAAACUCAGUUUUGACCACCAGAGGGAAGAAGUCUGUCUUUGUAGCUCAGCUGGUAGAGCAUGGCGCUUGUAACGCCAAGGUAGUGGGUUCGAUCCCCGGGACCACCCAUACACAAAAAUGUAUGCACGCAUGACUGUAAGUCGCUUUGGAUAAAAGCGUCUGCUAAAUGGCAUAUUAUUAUAUUAUAAGUCCUGUUAUAAAAUCAUGAUGACCUUCGCAGGCUGUCAUUCUGUGGAGUCACAGAGGAAGGCUGUGCUUCUCUGGCUUCAGCUCUGAGGUAAAACCCUCCCACAUGAGAGAGGUGGACCUGAGCUUUAAUCACCCAGGAAACUCAGGAGUGAAGCUGCUCUUUGCUAGACUGGAGAUUGAAACU